AAGUCCACGGCGCACGGCGAGCUCCGCCGUGUCGCCUAGUCAAACCACUUCGCUCUCUCCGCGCUCCGGUCUCCAGAAGAGCUCGAAUCGCCUCUGGCCUCGCCUCGUCUCGCGGCCUCGCCUCAUCCCGGAGCAGGCCAGCUGCCCAGCGAGCCGAGCGCGGCGCCCAUGGAGUUCCAGAAGAUCGUGGUCGCCAAUCCCAUCGUCGAGAUGGACGGUGACGAGAUGACUAGAAUUAUAUGGAAAUGGAUCAAAGAUAAGCUUAUAUUCCCUUUCCUGGAUUUGGACAUAAAAUACUAUGACUUAGGUCUACCUAACCGUGACGCUACUGGGGACAAAGUAACAAUAGAAAGUGCAGAAGCUACCCUAAAGUAUAAUGUGGCCAUCAAGUGCGCAACUGUCACCCCAGACGAAGGACGUGUAAAAGAGUUUAAUUUAAAAGCUAUGUGGAGGAGUCCAAAUGGGACAAUAAGGAACAUCUUGAAUGGAACUGUUUUCCGGGAACCAAUCAUCUGCAAGAAUGUUCCUCGGCUUGUACCUGGAUGGACAAAACCCAUAUGUAUUGGAAGGCAUGCUUUUGGUGAUCAAUACCGAGCAACAGAUGUAAUCAUUAGAGGGCCAGGGAAGCUCAAAUUGGUAUUUGAUGGCGUAGAGGAGCAAAUAGAGUUGGAUGUGUUCAACUUUAAUGGUGCUGGUGGGGUAGCAUUGUCUAUGUAUAAUACCGAUGAGUCUAUUCGGGCUUUUGCUGAAUCUUCAAUGAACGUGGCUUACCAGAAAAGAUGGCCACUUUAUCUUAGUACCAAGAACACGAUCCUCAAAAAAUAUGAUGGAAGGUUUAAAGACAUUUUCCAAGAAAACUAUGAAAUUUUUUGGAGAGGCAAGUUUGAGAAGGCAGGAAUAUGGUACGAACAUCGGCUGAUCGAUGAUAUGGUGGCCUAUGCCCUUAAGAGUGAAGGUGGUUAUGUUUGGGCUUGCAAGAAUUAUGAUGGAGAUGUGCAGAGUGAUCUGAUUGCUCAAGGUUUUGGAUCCCUAGGUCUCAUGACAUCAGUUCUGGUGUGCCCUGAUGGUAGAACAGUUGAAGCUGAAGCUGCACAUGGUACAGUCACAAGACAUUACAGAGUCCACCAAAAAGGAGGCGAAACAAGCACAAAUAGCAUCGCGUCAAUCUUUGCAUGGUCGACUGGACUAGCACAUAGGGCAAAGCUGGAUGACAACAAAAGACUGUUAGAUUUCACACAAAAACUGGAAGCUGCUUGUGUGGGAACAGUGGAAUCUGGAAAGAUGACAAAGGAUCUAGCUCUUCUCAUACAUGGGCCAACUGUUAGCCGAGAUAAGUAUCUGAACACACUGGAGUUUAUCGAUGCGGUUGCUGAUGAGUUGAAAACAAGUUUGUCAGUAAAAUCGAAGUUAUGAAGGAGCGAACAGGGCAAGGGACUUGUUAAGAUCUCCCAUAAUAUACGAUUUUAUACCUUUGUACUAUGAAUAAGAAGGUGGGCAACGUUCCUUACAAUACUCACAAUCUCACAUAAAGCCUCUGGUGACAAUCUGAAUGCACCUUGGAACAAUGAAGAAAGUCUAUGAAUUUAGCUCGAAACUAAGACAACUAGGCCUAUAGUUCACUAAAUUCUGAUUCAUGAACAAGUCAUUGUCUAGUAGCUCUUCCGAAAGUUCUGUCCAAACCAAGUGUGGUUUUGUCACCCCUACAUACAUACAAGUGGUGUUUGCAACAAAUAGGCUUUUAUUUUAUUUUAUUAAAAACACUGUCAUGUCCCAGACAUGGAAUCAAAGGCAACUCAAAAUA